AUGCCUCUCACUAAACCACCACCGCCACCACCCAAACCAACUUUUGAUGAUCCAUCCACGCCCCCUGACUUUAACGACAAGUUCAAAAAGAAGGAGACGACAAAGUAUAUGAAUGCCUGUGCAUUGGAAGAAAAGCAAAGUAUGAAAUGCCUCGACAAGAACAAUUACGACAAGUCGAAAUGCGAAUAUUACUUUUUGCAAUACCGAGAAUGUAAAAAGAAGUGGCUCGAGGAACGUCGCAAGUUACGAAGAGCAGGUGCCCUGUAA